CCUGGCCGGGCAGCAGCGGCGGGGAGCCGGCGGCUGCGUUUCCCCGAGGGCCAGAGCGGCGGCCAGGAUGGCGGCCAGAGCACCGCUGCUGAGCUGGGACGUUUUACCAAAAAAUGGUACUGAGGUAUUUUUCUCAAGAGAAACUUAUGAAAAAUACUCACUGGCUCCAAGCCUCUCUGAGCUAUGGACGUUGUCAAACAGACAGGCAAAUAAAAACAUAGAGGUCUUGGCAAAUGCUUCGGAAGACAAACAGAGUUGUAACGUGCAGGCUGCAGGUCCAGUUGAGGUGAAGGCUAAAACUACGGCUGAUGAUCAGCCUUUUCCGGAACCUAGACUCCCCUAUCCAUUUACUUCUUGUUUGAGUGAGAAGGAGCAAAAAACAUAUUUAUAUCUGAUGACUAAGUACUCUAAAAAACCAAACCAUUUUCAAGUUAAUGCAGCAAGUCAAAGAGAAAUGUUCACAUAUAUGCAAAUGAAAGAGUUAGUAAAUGCUGAAAUUGCAGAAUUUAUGAAAUUUGCUCAAAAUGCUGCAAAAAGCUGCACCCAAGACUAUGAUACCAUCUCUGAAGAUGCACAACUCUAUACUGAGAAAUUAUUACAUGCGUGUAUUGGACAUGUGCAAAAGUAUCCUGAAUUCUACACACUCCAGGAAAUCAUAAGUAUCAUGGGAGGAAAAUUUAACACACAGUUGACCUUUAGGCUGGAAAAAAAUCUUCUUGUAAUGGGUACAGCAAGACGUGCUGAAACACAAUUCCCUACCAUGCCUGUUCAGCUACCUGUAGAUUAUAAAACUGUUGCAUCUAUUAUAAGUCCGGAAGAAAAGGCUUCUAUUAUGCACAGUGAUAUUAGUACAGAUUCAAACGCAGAAAAACUUGCUUUGAAAUACUGUCCUCACGUUGUUCUAAGUAAUCGAUCAUUAUAUGCUUUACUGAAUAAUCAUGGGCUAAACUACAAGGAACAGUGGGAAAUUCCAGUUUGUAUUAAAAUGAUCCCUGUUGCAGAUAGCAAACCAGCCAAAGUGGUUUAUGUUGACUCACCUCUCCUGAAAAAGGAAAUGACAAUAAGAGAGAGGAACCAAAUCUUCCAUGAAAUUCCAAUGGACUUCUUAGCAACUAAAAAGUCUUACGUAUCGAUUUCUGAUGUAUUGAUGGACAAACCAGCUGAGGAAGAGAAUUUUCAGUGGGAUAUACCUUCUGACACCUAUGAGUGCAGGAAGAUUCCUGUUCCAGAUGACCUGGGGAUGGAUUUUGAUGAUGAUGUUACAGAACUAGAAACUUUUGGCGCAUCAGUCAAACUCUCAAAGAAUUCUAAAACAGAAAAUACUUUUCCUAAAGUUGGUAAUACUGGUCCAGUUCUAUCACGUGAACUAAAAGUGGACAAAAAAUUGACACCUACCAUAAACAAUGUAGGUGAAGAGGGAAGAAGCACAGUUUCUGAGCAAGGAUUUUCAGCCAGCAAAGUGCAGCUUCCGUCCUUUGGCAUUCUGUGCUCCAAACUUGAAGAAAAUUCAUCUCGUAAAAGCUUUCAUUCAGAGGAGAUAGAAUUGAACAAAGCACAGCACCUCAUGACAAAGGAAGUAUCAGACACUGAAACAAAAUUAAAUACUUUAUCUAAUGAUGCUACUUUCAAGAAAGAGUCUGAUGCACAAAAAAAUAAGAGUUGUGCUUCUUUGUGCAGUAGUGAUACUGAUGAAGAUCGUUUGAUAAUUGAUACAGAAUGUAAAAAUACUGAUUAUUGCAAAUCAGCUGUAGCAAAUACUUUUUCCAGCAUCUCAGCAGAGACUUCUACAUCGCCUUCCUCUAUGCCAUCAGAAACUGUGACUGAAUCCCCAGAUAAUGUGGAUCUGGGGAAAAAUGCUUCCAGAAAGCGUGCAAAAAGGUUGUCCAAAGAAUUUGAUCCUGUUGGACAAAUUUUGAAAAUGCAAACUGAACUCCUCAAGUCACCUUCCCCAAAAGCUCAUGAGCAGCUGCUAGUGAGCUGUGAGAAUUCUAACUCUGCACCAACCCAUGUGCCUCCAUCUCCAAAAUCAUCGAUGAUCUCCAACACAGAAACUGCACCAGGCCCUGUCUCAAAUUCCAGCAACUUGUCUAGAAAUUCCUGGACAUGGCUUUUCCAAGGACCUCCAAAGAGAAAGUUGCCAAAUGAACUUGAGAUGCUUGUUGAAGACCCUUCAGAGUAUACAGCACCUGAGGAUGGCAACCUCGUAUAUAAACUAUUCAGUUUGGACAAUCUGUUGUUACUUGUACGUUGCAAUGUGCAAAAAGUAAAGACAAGGCCACGAUCCCAUAAAAAGAAAACAGCCCAAAAGCCUGUUCCACUAUUCCUAUUGCCAAAACUAGAAUAUCAAGGCUAUUAUGGUGUCGAAGCUCUUACAGAAAGUGAAGUAUGUCGACUGUGGACAGAGAGCAUGUUGCAUUCUGAAUGCUCAUUUUUUAUUGGACGUAUUGAUGCUUUUACAUCAAAACUUAUUAUGCUAGAAAAGAUUUCUCCAGAAAUUUUAAGAGAAAAGCUUGGACUGAUUAAGCCUGCAAAUUCAUUAAACAUACUUCAUCACAUCUUGAAGAAGGUGUCUGAUUUGCAGGAGGGUUCCUAUUUACUGACUCAUGCUGCAGGAGAUUCAUCAGUUGCAAUCUAUAAGAGUUCUCUUGACAAGGCGACCAGAGCAUCCUAUAACUUGCAUAAGGCACACUGCGAUCUGCCUUCUGUACCUGCCAGUCUGUCAGUCCCCUGGGUACCUCUAGAUCCUAGCCUCCCUUUGCCCUAUCACAUGAGCCACGGAAGAGUCCCAUGCACCUUUCCACCUGCACCCCAAGAGGCUGUGCGGAAACAGAAGAUGACUGGGGCAAAAGCACAGCUGGACACACCCAGUGAGGAAAGGCCAGUAGCUAUGGAAACAAAAGGCAAUCCAGCUAAGCCUGUUAGAAAUGAAGGUGUGGCUGCAAAGAAACCGAAGAAGAGUAACUGCAAACAAGGAAUGAAGAUGAAAAAGUGGAAAACGAAGUAAAAGAAAACUCAAGUGAAGUAGGAAUAGCUAAACCUUGCUGAGGUAAAUACAGACUGGAGAAGGACAAGACAAAACAAAAAAUCUGGGACUUUCUUGCAGCGUCAAAGGAGCCAGAACAACCUGGCAGAGGAGAGAGCUAAGCAACCAUGUUUAGGAAGACUGAAACUUUCUACAAAGCUUUAACCCUUUCUUACUUUGGUAGAUGCAUUUCAAGUGCAAAUCUCUUAUUUAACAGUAGAGGAAAAAAAGGCAAGUGUCUGCAGCUGAGGUUAGGGGACAAUAGUACCUUCUGUAGGUCUCACUCAUAGAAAAACUGCAGCUUGAAGAAUAAAGCAGUGGUUGACAGAAAUAUCUGAUACCACUGCAUUAAAAUACCCCACUUUUUCAGCUUUCUUAAUUCUUCUUCCAGGAUUACUACAGAUUUGCAUUCCAAUAGAUUUUUGAGUGACAUUUUGUGUUCAUAGGUAAUGUACACAAAAUGAAUGACUUAGAGUUGAUUAGUUAAUUGUGUUAACACAAUGUUCUGCUUUUUUUUUAAAAGGAAGUCAUUACUUACAAAAAGCUAUUUAUUUUUAGGAUGAUGCAGCAAAUGAGGUUUGGAGAACAAAAGCCAUACAUACUUGAACAGUAUGUGCCAUGAAUUUUCACUAGGAAACUUAGGGAUACAGCAAAGUAUGAAACAGUUUAAAAUUAUUUCUGUACUUUGCAAAAACUGUGUCCAAAAAUUAUUUGGAUUCUGACAUAUCUUCAAAACUGAAUAUUGCAGACAUUAUUAUUUACUGUAUUACUGAAUGAUUAGAGCCUAAAUCUCACAUCAGACUGCAUAGCAGUAAUACUUGCUGAAAGUAUUAAAGUUUGCCUGAAGGAAUAAAUGAUAGGGUGGAGGCCAUAGUCCCAAAACCCAAUCUGCCUGUGCUGUACUUCAGCAGUUCACUUGAAAUUUGGGGCCAAACUGACAGAAUGAAACUAGGAGAACAGAAUGCUUAGGUCCUGCAAAAGGCCACGCCUUACGGUGGCAUAUUGCUUCCUAGUGAACAGCAGUUGUGUAAGAAUUAAAGUUUUCAUCAAUAUGCUGAUGAAGUACAUCGUGAUCUGUACUGCAUUUGUAAUUAACAUGGAUUGUUUGUUAAGGAGGAGUUCAGUGCAUUACAGCUGUUCUGCAGUGUGUACUUUCAGUGUUUUGUCAGAUAGUAAAUUUCUACAGAAGCAAGACUUGAAACCGAGGCUGCAAAAUUUUAUUUUCUAUCAAAGGUUUUGUUUUGUGUUUUCUGGAUUUCUGCCUGUAACUUCCUUCAAGAGUAUUGUUCUUAGAAAAGCUCUUGUAUUCUUGAAAGCUUCAAGAAGGAGCCCAAUAAAUUCUUUGCCAUUUUCCACUGUAAACCACACUACUGGUUUUAAAUGUCUGAACAAAUUUUGUUUUGGAUGAUAUUCUGGUGAGCUGUUCAUACUCAUGCUUAAGCUGCUAACAUGAAAAACAAGGGCUUUAACAAAAAGUUUCUGUUAAGUCUUUUAUUUGGACUAAGUAAGUUAUUAAGUGCAUACAUCUGAUCAGAGUUCUGCUCCCCUGGUCUUGACAUGACACAUUUUAUUAUUGUGGAAAUAUAAAUAAAAUACUUAAUUUGUUAACUGGGUAAUAUGUUUUAUAAAAUUCUGAAGACAAGUUCUUUAAGUAGGCUUAAACAGUGAGUAUACAUUAAAAACUGUUCUCUCUGAAAUACAAAACACCUCUUGAGUUUCCUCCCCUCCCCCCCCCCCCAUUAGAUACAUUUGUUAACUCUGUUAAUUCUUUAGCCUCCACUUUUGAGUUGUGGUGAUAUGUUAACAAUGAGCUGUUUGUAGAUUGUAAGUAUUUCUGAUGAAAAAUCCUAAAUCCAUUUAGUGAACUCCCAUAAUACGAAUAUUUUAGCUGUGAGUCAUAUCUGCCAGAUAACUUUGUGUGGGGAUUCAAAGCAAAGUUUUCAGUUUGUAUAUAUAAAUGUUGUAGCUGGUCGAAUAUGGAAUUCAGUCUCUAGAUAGUGUCAUGUUAGAAAUAAAUAUGCUAUUUGCCCUUUUA